UCAUUAUUCGUGCCAGAAGAAAGCUAAAACCUUCAUUUAAGUUGACGCUUUCAAGCUGUGACCGAAAGAAAAGGUUUAAAUGGCGUCUAUGUACCAAUUUGAUUCUGGGACGUCGUUAUUCCUUUCUGUCUUUGUCAUUUUCUCAGGAAUCAUAUUUUGCUUUUGUGAAGGCUGUACAGCAGACGAGUGUCGCAUCAUCCUAUUUGAGGAACCGAUACCAAAUAUGGCAAUUAAGGGACAUGUGAUCAGGAGUGGUGAAGUCCUUAGUGAGGGGAGCUGUCGCACGAUGUGUUAUAUGGAGCCUAACUGUGUUUCCAUAAAUGUGCAACCUUUGCAAGGAGGAAAGUACAAAUGUGAGUUAAAUAACGCCACAGUUGAUGAAAGUAAACUGACCUUCCUUCAGGAAACGGAUGCUUACUACCUAGCUAUUGAGAAUCCCUGUAUUAGCAGCCCCUGUGUGAAUAACGGAACUUGCCAAGUUGGUUUCACCAGCAAAGGGUUUCGAUGUGUCUGUGUUCCCGGAUAUGCUGGAGAAAACUGCAGUGUUUUAUCAAAAUCUUGCAGUGACUUAAAGAAGCUUGAUCCUAAGGCAAAAAGUGGAAUCUGUCUGAUUGAUCCUGAUGGUGAAGGAGAAUUGCUACCUUACCACGUCAGCUGUGACAUGAGUGACAAAGGCGGAGUUGGCGUGACUGUCAUAAGUCACGACAGCGAGAGCAGGACAUUAGUGGACAAAAAUGAAACCGGGGAAACCUACUCUCGCGACAUACACUACAGAGAAGCGAACAUUUCUCAACUUGUGAGUCUCAUCAACGUUUCCCAACAGUGUGAGCAGUUCCUAAGGUACGAGUGUAGAGGUUCUACAUUGACAGAUGGCUUUUGGGUUUCACGUGAUUCGAAAGAAAUGACAUAUUGGAGUGGUGCGGCACCUGAAAGACACAUGUGCGCAUGCGGAAUGAACGACACAUGUGCAAAACCCAAUACGUCAAUAAAAUGCUCCUGUAACUGUUGUGCGAAUGACGAUGAAUGGCGCGAAGAUAGUGGUGUCCUUACCAACAAGACACAUCUGCCGGUUAAACAGCUCAGGUUUGGAGAUACAGAUUACGACGUUCAAUCAAAAUUUGAUGAGAAGGGUUACCAUACCUUGGGAAAGUUUAAGUGUUACGGAAUCGCCUAAUUGUAUGGAAGAACUAAAUCGCUAAUCAACACUGAUCGUCCCGUCUUACAGUAAGCUUAUAAAAACUAUUGCCAGUGAUUAUAAUUUAAAAAAUUAUUAAACAAUGUUUUACUUAUUUCGUGUGGCAAUAUUUCACGGGGAAGCUCACAAUGAUGAUUCGAUAAUGAGACCAAUAUAUUUUCAGUAAUUUAUUCACCUAUGGCUAAUAUCCAGCCUGGCAGGCCAAGUUCAGCUGCAAGUUGAUUUGAAUGAGAACCUGUAUAAACAAGUGGAAUAUAAAAAAUAUGUAUAUAUUUACUUCACUGAACUGUCAAGAGAUUGUAAACUUUGAGUACUGGUGUAAAACUUAUGCAUGAUAAUCGCUAUAAAUUCUGUUGAAACUAACUAGUUUAACUACGCUGCAUUUUAACCAUUAAUGGUUGUAAUUUGUUAGGAAGGGAAUCAUCGACUUAUAAGCUCGUCUUGGAGUAAAACAGAUCCUGAUAAUUGUAUUAAUAAGUCUUCAAUCAUGAUACUCUGCGCCAAUUUACUAUGCGUCAAAGUAUUAUGCACCAAUGUACUAUGAGUCAAAGUACUGUGCGUC